GAUCAAAACCCUAACAACAUCGAUCUCCCGAGUACCAGGGCUUCGCCGGCCUGCAGGGAUCGGUGAUCGAUGGAGAUUAAUCUGGGCAAGCUCCCCUUCGAUCUCGAUUUCCACCCUUCCAGCCCUCUCGUUGCCACAGGUCUCAUCAAUGGCGAUGUUCACCUAUACAAGUAUUCUUCCGAUUCAAUACCUCAAAAGUUGCUAGGAAUUCAUGCACAUGAUGAGUCAUGUAGAGCUGUUCGUUUUGUUGAUUCUGGACGCGUAUUCCUGACUGGUUCUCCUGAUUGCUCAAUCCUUGCCUUGGAUGUGGAGACUGGAGCUCAGAUUGCUCGCUUCAAAGAUGCUCAUGAGGCUGCAGUCAACCGUCUCGUCAACUUGACAGAGACCACCAUUGCAUCAGGAGAUGACGACGGAUGCAUAAAGGUUUGGGAUACUCGUCAACGUGCAUGUUGCAAUUCGUUUAAUGCGCAUGAAGAUUUCAUCUCAGAUAUGACUUUUGCCACUGGUUCUAUGCAACUUAUCGGGACAAGUGGGGAUGGGACUUUAUCUGUUUGCAAUCUUCGGAGGAAUAAGGUACAAGCACAGUCAGAAUUUUCAGAAGAUGAGCUACUAUCUGUGGUCAUAAUGAAGCAUGGCAGAAAAGUCAUCUGUGGAACUCAGACAGGAGCUCUGUUGCUUUACAGUUGGGGUCAUUUCAAGGAUUGCAGUGAUCGAUUUCUUGGGCAUCCCAUGUCAGUUGAUACACUAGUGAAGCUUGACGAAGAUUCUCUCAUUUCUGGUUCGGAAGAUGGAGUGAUCAGGUUGGUGAGCAUUCUACCUAACAGAAUAGUGCAGCCAAUAGCUGAGCACUCUGAAUACCCUAUUGAACGCCUUGCUUUUUCAAAUGAUAGAAAGUACCUUGGGAGCAUUUCUCAUGAUCAAAUGUUAAAGCUCUGGGACCUGGAAGAAGUUUUGGAUGGUAAUCAAGCUGUCCAAGAUAACUUGGCAGUCGAAGCUGAAAGUGAUGAUGAUGGUGAUGAUGAUAUGGAUGUCGAUGUAAAACCUAACAAACCCCCAAAAGAUUUGAAAGGACGAAAGGUUGACAACAAGCAGGCUUCAAGCAUGAAGUCAGCGAAUUUCUUUGCAGACUUGUGAAAGUGUUAAUUCAUUAUCUCUUAUCAGUUUUUGUUGAAAUUUUUUUCAUUAUUUUUAAGAGACAGAUAUGUACUUUUUCGGGGAAUUCCUCUAUGUAUGUUAUCGACAUUUUUUUUUCUUGUUUCAAAGUGAACUAGUCAGUAUUUACAUUAUUCACCAUAGGUGAGGAGGGAUUCAACCAAUCAACCUCCCACAUGGGUUAUACCAAAGUUGGUUUUAUCAACAUAUUUGUACCUUGCUCGAACUUUAUUGACUAUUAUUUGAUUGAAUUCAAAGAGGGUUAUUGGUCUGA